AUGCCAGACAACUAUCUCAAUAAUCCUAUAGACCCUUCUCUCCCCGCUCAUGCCCAUGUCUCGCCCACCAACUUCGCGUUACACACCUUGCUAAACAGCAGUAAUACCCAGAUACCCAUUGCGGGUCCCAGCUACUCGAAUCCCAUAUCCCAUCCUCCCCGACCUGCAGCUCCAAUAGAUGAGGGAGGUGGAAGACCAGCUAGGUCCCGCAAGAACAGACCAUGUGAUGCAUGUCGUAGGCGCAAGACUAGAUGUUUGAUAACUGCUAUCGGACCACCAUGUUCCCUUUGCGCCGAUGCGAAAAGGGAAUGUACAUUCAAUUUCGCACCACCAGCACGUAGACCCCGACAAUCAAUUCAACCAGCAUCAAGUGAGAAUGAAACAGGUGAAGCAGAAAUGGAGAUAGAUGGAGAUGCUGGGCCAUCAACUCCUAGUGUGAUCAAUGGGAAACGAACCAGAACACCAGAUUCGGUAGAUAGGAUAGGGGGCAAUUGGAGGAGGAGAAGGGAGACAUCACCACCCGAUACAACUUCAGUCCAGACGAGCAGAAGAAAUUCAAAUCUCACUCAGCUUGCAGAUACAGCUUCUUCGUUUGACCAUCUUGCUGGAUCUGGGUUCGAACCGCACGAAGCAGAGAAGCCUACGGACAGACCCCAUGUCAAGCAGAUCUCAUCAGACCCCAAAAGACCAAUCUUCGUGGUGAUGCAACCGAGACAUGAGAAUUUCAGAUCAGGAGGAGCAGGUAUCAAUGGUCUAACCAAUCUUCGAACCCUGAUCUCACAUCAGCCUACUUCAUUCUCCGAACCCUCACUUAUAUCAGCCUAUACCACACAUGUUCAUCCUGCUAGACCCAUUCUUCCCAAAGGCAAGAUCAGCCGAUUCCCUCCUAAUCUUCUCGCAGCAAUCUUAGCGAGUUCGUUCGCCCAUGCGAAAGAUACUAGACCUCUAGCUGGGCUGGCUGCAAACCUGCUGCAAAGUGCUUCAGAGGGAACGGGAGAGUCAAAUCUGGUAACGGUGAUAACGAACAUCAUGAUGAUAGGUGUGAGACCAGGAGCAACUAAUCAGGGUUCGUAUCUGCUACUUGCGCAUACUAUCGCCCUUGCUCAGUUAUUGGGCUUGCAUCUCGAUCCGUCCAGCUGGUCCAUACCAGCAUGGGAGCAGGAUUUAAGAAUCAGGCUGUGGUGGAUGUUACGCAUUCAUGAUGCCUGGAUGAGCUUCCUGAAUUCCCGUCCAUCGCAUGUGCAAGCCGAUAACAGCACCGCGCCUCUCCCUCAACUUGCAUCCCUUCUUGAGUCAUCAUGCGCCUUCUCCUCUGCAUCUUCGGACUCAGCCAAAUCGUUCAUCGCCUCAUGUCGGCUGGCCAGACUGGUUUCGAGACUCCAGUCUGAGGUGUGCACUCUCGGAGCAGUUGCUGAUCGGAGUGAAACGGAAAGAAGGGAGGAAGUGGAAGAUAUACUGCAUGCGGCAGACGGUCUAUUGAAAGAUUGGAAAACAUCACUCGUUUCUAGUACGACCCGUCCUCCGGGUGUCAAUAUCCUUGAACCCUUCACCGAGUUCGUUAUAUUCAUAACCUCCUUGAACGAGGGCGAUUUAGAUGGCUACUUCCUAUCUUUCCGUUUCGUGCUUGGCUCCCAGACCGAACCCAACGUUACGGCCUUGAAUCUUAUCGCCCGACUAAUUCGCUCAUUGCACCAUUAUCAGACGAAUUAUGCGUGGGACAUCGCCGGUCCUGCUCUGAGACGGGCAGCGACGAUGGGAGACCGCCUACGCAAAUUGGAAGAGCACGUAGAAUUGAGUGAAGCCCUCAGAGGCAGCAGCUCUUCUACACCUGGUGACCUCAAUCUGGACGCUUCCUUACCUCCCCCGGUGGCGCCCAUAGCAAGCGGUGAUGUUGCUGUCGAGCCUCAGCUAUUAUGGGAUUGGACAGGAGCAGAGAUAGAUUUCGAUCAACUACUCGGUCUUUCUUCGACUGCACCAUGA